AUGCCGUUUUCUUUGUAUGGUGAUUUGCCUGAGCCUUCAUCAGACAAGUCGAACAAUGUAAAAAACACCCCUACAACUACUGGCUCUUCUUUAUCUGGGCUUUAUGCAUCAUUACCAGCACCUGGUGCAAGCUCAUCUUCCGCAACAGCAGCAACAACUUCCACUACCACUACUACCACUUCUACUACCAACACUACCAAUACGACCCCAUCACCUACUACUAGUACAACAACUAUAGCUAUUGAAACAGCAUCCGAGACUAGUAAUAAUGCACCUACAUCAUCACCGGCACCCACGACUGGCGUCAAACCUGCAGGCUGGUCUUCCUUUGGUCAUUUUCGUCCUGUCAUGCGUAAACCUACCAUUCAGGCCAAGCCCAAAUUGAAUCGCACCGUUAUUCCCGCUGGUGCCAAGGUGGUUUCUACUACGACCGUGAGUAAAGAUCCAUCCAAAAUGGAACAAGAUGCAGCAGCUUCCACUUUGCCAUUACCUCCACCUCCACCACCAUCAUCAUCGAAUCCGAUUGAAGACACGAUCCCAUCAUUACCACGCCGUUUGGAUGCCAGCUAUUUUACAGCCACGGAUGAUGUCAAUGGUUUUCGUGCAAAGAAAAAGGGUAAAGGGAAAAAGGGGAAUCAACAACAACAACAACAGCCCAUUGCUAUUGAUUUGAAUGAAGAUUAUGAUCCACUUCGACCCAAUGAUUAUGAACAAUACAAGGAAGAUCGACGUCAACACAAAGAGGAAGUGAAACGACGACAAAUGGAAGAGCGACGUAAUAGACAAAGACAGCGAUCCAUGUCACCUUAUUCAUCCGAUUCACGUUCUCGAUCACGCUCAAGAUCAAGGUCAAGAUCACCUAGUCCACGACGACCUGCUCGUGCAUUUGCCCCUCCACCCAACUUGUAUCAGCGUUCAAAUUCACCAUCUUCUCCACCUGCUUCUCGACGCUCACCAUCACCACCAUCCGAACGUAUACAACCCAAAGCCAACAUCGAUUUGAACGAAUCAGCUGACGAUGCUUAUAUGCGUCGCCUAAGAAUGAGUAGCCAACGAGCUGCUGUAGCACAACACCAGGAAGAAGAUUCAAGAAAUGAUCGAAUGCCAAUGGAUGAGGAUGAAGAUGAGGAUAUGGCCAUGCGUUCUGGAUUAGGUGGAGCUCAAGAUGUAGCACGCAAAGUGAUGGCAAAAUAUGGAUGGCAAGAAGGUCAAGGAUUAGGACGUGAUGAAGAUGGAUUACGAGAAGCUCUCAGAGUACAACCGACAGGUCGUGGUAGCGGUGUCAUUGUCAAUCACAGCAGUGUAUCGCCAUCACCUCCUCCUCCUCCUCCUCCCCAAUCACGUACAAGUACACCAUCACCUGUUGUUCUCCUUACAAACAUGGUUGGUCCUGGUGAAGUAGAUGACAUGCUUCAAGAGGAAACGGCAGAUGAAUGUGGCAAAUAUGGCCAAGUAGAACGAUGCUUGAUUUUUGAGGUUCCAGGUGGACAAGUACCUGAAGAUCAGGCUGUACGCAUUUUUGUGAAGUUUACACGCGUUGAAUCUGCCAUGGCAGCAUUGAAUGAUUUGAAUGGCCGUUUCUUUGGAGGACGUGUGGUGACGGCAAGGUUUUUUGACAAUAAUCGUUUCGAUCGACUUGAUUUGGCUCCUGGGCCUAAUGAGAUAUGA